AAAACGUGAAAAAAAUAAUUAGCGCCAAACAUCUUGCCAAGAUGACAGUCAACCCCUGUCAAACUGCCAACAAUGCGACUAUGUUGUUGCAACUUCUUCAAAGACACCCUCCGCCGCUCCUCCCUCCUCCUCUACAAAGUGAUCUUCUCGCAAAAAGAGCACACCGUCCUGAAAAAACUCUUCAGCUUCUUCUUCGGCGUCCUGCUCGGCAUCGGCUUCUACUUCCUGAUCCUCAUCGACUUGAACUUCACCGCCGGCGCCUCCACCACCAUGGCCCUGGCCAUGUGCCUGCUCCUGGGCCUCGGCAACGCCUUCUCGUCCCAGAUCCGCUGCAUCACCCUCCUGACCUUGCCCAGCUUCGGCGGCAAAGUCGGCCGCGGCGUCAUCAAAACCUUCGUCCUGGCCUACAUCCUCUCCGGCCCCGUGGACAACAUCACCGUGAACGGGCGCGAGGUGGUCCGCGUGUUCGCCUGCACCACCUCCCUCACCUUCAACCUCACCAAGACCCGCUUCGAGCUCAUGUUCAAGCCCUUCUCGGACGCCCUCUUCGGCAUGAAGGCCGACGUCAACGAGGUGAAGGACACCAUGCGCUCCAUCCGGGACGUGUCGGCGCCGGUGGUGGGCGAGGUCGAAGACGCGGCCGAAAUGAGGAGAAUGAAGGAGGAGAACGACUACAUGGACGCCAAGACGGGCGACACGGCACGCAGCAAGGACCUGGGGGCGAAGUACGACGCCGUGGGCGAGAAGCGCGAAGCCGAACGUUUCGAAAAAAUGUACCUGAAGAAGAUUGAGAUGCGCUGCGAGGACCAGUUCACCAAAGCGGCGAAAAACUGCAGAGAGAUGUUUGCCAAAGCUUACGAUAAGUGCUACGAGGCGGUGACUUGGGUGGCGGCUUGGUUGAUCUGCUGGCCCAUGAAGCUGGAUUUUGUGUGCAACAUUGCCCAGGCGCUUGGAGGGGUCAGUCGGUGUGACCCCUCCAAGGACAUUGAUCCGGGUUUUGGCGACGGUUACGCCUAUUUGAAAAAAUCGCGCUCGCAGUUUUCGGACAACUUCAAAAACGUGCGCUUGCAGUACCAGCUCCCGAAAAUCAAGCAACUGAUCGACUUGAGGGACAGUCGGGAGACGGCGAAGGCGAUUCUGCACACGGUCAACGCCAAGAAGGCGGUUUUGCGCCAGCUGAUGGUCAUUUUGAAGCGAAUCCUCGCCUUCAUCUUCCUGAGGAUUAUCAUGAACGCGUCCACGUACCUCGACAAGUACUUGACCGACAUCCAGUUUGAUAAUAUUUACGUCACGACGUACUACCGCCGCAUUGAUGCCAGGCGGAGGCAACAGGGGAAGUACACAGUCCUUCCGUUAAAAAAAAUCGAGAAGAAAAAACUCGUCGAUCCUUGCACCCCUCGCCCCUUAAAAAGCGAACACCAGCAGCUCUUCUGGCAAACUGUUCACCUGUUACUCGAAGUUCUGUUCGCUACAACAUUCAUUCUGCUUGACCGUCUCUUCUACGAAGGUCUGGACUUGGUGAGACGGCAUGCUAGGAUUGACUACGUCCAGACUGGGCGGCAUGACAUGAAAUUGGAGGUGAAAGGGACGGGGAUGAUUGCUAAUUUGUUGCGAUCGGUUAUUAAGGGUUUCAAUAUCAAGAAACGGAUUCACAUCGAAAGGAGUAACGAGAAGUGUUUACCACAACCUUCCCUACUCCCCAGUUACUACAUUUACAAGAUUUAUGGCACGUAUUUCGUCCUGUGGUUGCUGAUUCUGGUCAAUAUGUACACGCAAAGGCUGCGGCACGCCAUCUGCGGGAUGUUUUACAGAAAGUGGGAAAAGAGGCGAAUUUUGCACAUUUACAAUGAGACGUUGCGACGCAGGGUGGGCUUCUACAGAUUCAUGAAGAAAAAAAUCCAGAAACUGGUGCGCCAGCGCCGCCUCCAAGACGACCUGAACGUCUUCAUGGUCCUGCAAAUAAAAUUCCCCCGUUUGUUCCGCUUCCUGCAACUCUUCCCCGGCGCCCGGCGCAAAUGCCUGAUGUGCAAAGAAGUGGAGCCUUUAUGCCGCUCAAAAUUCCACGUCUGUCCGAACGAAUUAUGCCAUUUCGCAUACUGUCCCGAGUGUUGGCAAGACUCGGGCCAGAAAUGCCUGGCUUGCGCCACGCUAGACACCGACACUAGCAGCGGUCUCGACUCGUCCGACGACGACGCCGAUUGAAACAAAC